UGUGAUAUGGAGACUGAUGGUGGUGGAUGGACUGUAUUUCAGAGGAGACAAGAUGGAUCUGUUGAUUUCUUUAGAUACUGGACUGACUAUGAGAAUGGAUUUGGUGACCUUACUGGUGAGUUUUGGUUAGGAUUGAGCAAGAUUCAUCGUCUUACUAAAGAAGGAUCAAACACACUAAGAGUGGACCUGGGAGACUUUGAGGGGAACACAGCUUAUGCUAACUACUCUACAUUCAGUGUUAGUGAUGGUAGUACUGAAUAUAUACUAACAGUAGGAGGAUACUCUGGUACUGCUGGGGAUAGUCUGGCCUAUCAUAAUGGAAGUAGAUUCAGUACAAGAGAUAAUGAUAAUGAUAACAAUGGAGGUAACUGUGCUCAGUCUGGCACUGGUGCCUGGUGGUAUAAUAGUUGCUAUUAUUCAAAUCUUAAUGGUCGUUAUUUUAAUACUGCAACUAAUAAUGGUCGAGGAAUUAGGUGGCAUUAUUGGAAAUACACUACUCUCAAGUUCACAGAGAUAAAAACUCGUCGUAACAAUUAAAUACUGUCCCCCACACACAUAAGUGUGUUUACAUUGUGCUGAUAUAUUAUUAUGCCAUUUCAAUAAGCUGCCAUACCUUGUAGUGAUUUUUGCUGACUUUUAUUAAUUAUAAUAAACUUAUAAGCUGCAAA